CGCGGUGCACUCCCACAAUGCCCGGCGGGUGUCAUGGCGGCGGUAGCGGUUCCCUGACGGAGCGGAGACUCUUACAGAACGGCGGGCGGGUCAAUGGCCCGUCUCUUAGGCAAAGCCUGGCUCAGCCUGGUGAGCAUAGGCCGCAGGCCUUGCUCCGGCCGCCAAGCAGCAUUUGCCUUUCUGCAAAAUUACUGGCUUCCCAGAGUUACCCACUCACUUGCUAGUCACCACAGCCGUACUUCGGCUUUAGGAAGGAUGCAUGGUGUUGUGAAACAAGAAACCGAAGGUAUCGUUGGAGAAUACCCACCUGCUGUCGCUGUGAGUAAAGCUGAGCAGGAUGAUCUCCUCCUCCUCCAGCCAGACCAGCCUGUAAACUCACAAGUGCUCCGAGUUGCCAUUAUUGGGGCUCCGAAUGCUGGUAAAUCCACCCUGUCCAACCAGCUUCUUCGCAGAAAGGUCUUUCCUGUUUCGAGCAAAGUUCAUACAACACGCUGUCGAGCUCAAGGAGUCAUCACUGAUGGAGCGACACAAAUUGUUCUUCUGGACACCCCUGGUCUUGUUCCUGCCAUCAAAGGAAAAAGGCACAACCUGGAGAAAUCAUUGCUGGUUGACCCCUGGCAUUCAGUGGAAAAGGCGGACUUGGUGCUUGUUUUGGUAGACGUCUCAGACCACUGGACACGCAACCAGCUCCACACUGAAUUGUUGAAAUGCCUUACAACAUAUUCCCAUGUGCCAGCAGUUCUGGUCCUGAACAAGGUGGACCGAUUAAAGAAUAAAGGCCUCCUCCUGGAGUUGACAGCCAGGCUGACUGAGGGAGUAGUGAACAAUAAGAAACUGAAAAUAAAAUCCAAGUUCAAUUGUCUGCCGCAGCAGAGUGCACUGACUGGAAAAGGCAGAACUGGGAAGAAAGAGUAUGGGAAUGAUGGUCAGACAGCAGUUGAAUCUGGGACCAUGGAUAACGCGUCUAUAAUGCGUAAGAGAACCCUUACUGCCUGUUCGCAGAGAAACCCCGAAUUGCGUCGGGCAGGCAUAUCUGUUGACCGAACCUCUGGCAGUGAUGGCAACACGCAACAAUCAGCGAGUCCAGAGACCAAGCAGGAGCAGCAGUUAAUUGACCCGUGCAGGAAUUUGGGGGGUUUGAAGAAUCAGCAAGGGUGGCCUCACUUCAAAGAAGUGUUUAUGCUUUCAGCUGUCAACGGAGAGGAAAUGGAAACUCUGCAGCGGUACCUGAUAUCAAAGGCCAGGCCAGGAUCCUGGGAUUAUCACAGUGCUGUCCUCACUGACCAGUCACCCCAGGAAAUCUGCUGUAACCUGAUCCGAGAGCGGUUAUUGGAAUACCUGCCUCAAGAGGUGCCAUACAACAUCGUUCAGAGCACUGAACUGUGGGAAGAAGGACCAAGUGGGGAACUCCGAAUUCUACAGAACAUCAUUGUCGCCAGAAAGAACCAUGUGAAAUUGUUAAUUGGGCAGGGAGGUCAGCUGAUCGGUAAAAUUGCCCAGGACGUGGGCCAGGAUCUAAUGAACGUCUUUCUCUGUGACGUACACUUGAAGCUGUGUGUGAAAGUGAAGAAGUGACUCUGCCAUUCCUUGCUGCCUUUCAGAAGUGACUUCUUGCUGCCCCUAUCUGAACUCAGCCCCUGAGCAUACAGUUUCUUCUGUGAUUGCGAUCCACUCCGUCAACCUUCUGUCAUCUCUCUGAGCCGCAUGCCCAUUGUGAAAGGGCGCUGGAGUUUGCUGGGAGCAUGGAUCAAGGUUCUUAUUUUGAGGAGCCCUAUUUUAAUAAUGCAUUGUUGGCAAGCACUUCUUGUUGCUGAAGCAAAUGUGACCGAAGCAAACUAUGGGGUGGAGUUGAAAGUGGCACGAUGCUGAUGGAUCACAGGGCCUGCUGUUGUGAGGUGUUUUCCUGUGAUCAUGUCGGACCAGGAGUCCUGAGGAAGGGGUAACACUGUUGGUAAUGCUGAGCUGAAAGUAGUGUUCUCUUAUGAUUCAUUGUCAGUGUGUGACUCUCGCUGAGUGAUGGCCUGUCCGUAGCGAUCGGAGAUGGGAGUUAGGUUAACGCUGAGGUGUUUGCUAGGAUGCUUCAGAGUUGGGGGUGGGGAGGGAGUUAGUUAGCUCAGUUGAUUGGACAGUUGGUUUGAAAUGCAGGUAACGCCAACAGCCUGGGUUCAAUUCCUGCACUGGCUGAAGAUACCAUGAAGGACUCUCCACUUCAACCUCUCCCCUAUCCAGAGGUAAGGUGACCCUCAGGUUAGACCACCACCUGUUCUCUCUCUCUUGCGCGCUCUCUCUCCCCUUCUCUCUCUCAUUAGAGAGAGCAGCCCUAUGGUCUGGUAGGACCGUGGUGACUUGACCUUUCGCUUUCAGAAAGCAAUUGAAUGAGGCACGUUGGUGUUUGGGACUGGAGUAACAUUUGGGCCAAGCCUGGGUAAGGACCCACCAUGGAAUACACCAUUAAACCAGGUGGCAACUUGACAAACUGACGGGUGAUUUUAAAAAAUUAAUACUGAUUUAUCUCCAGAAUUUUAAACUGUAUUCAAAUUCUCAAAUGAGAUUUAAACCUGUAUUCUCUGAUCCAGCAACACUGACAUGUCCAAAAGUCUCCUUUCAUUUGUCUGCUCCCAGUGUCUCUGAUAUUUACCAAUCCUGUGUCUUGGCAACAGCGUUGAUUCCUCAAUGAUGUGAGCUAACUGUCUCAAAAUCUCCCACAGCCAAAAAGAGUGACCAGAUUGGGGUCUCUCGGCACAGACUGGCCUGGACUGUGAUUAUUUCAACAAUUAUUGCAUUUGAUAUUUAAGGGAUAAUUUAAAAUCUUGUUUGAUCUGUGUCUCGUUUCGGAAUUCUACACCAUCUGAGCUAUCAGGCUGUGGAGUUUAGUUUGUGUUUGAUUAUAAAAUGUCAGAACUCAAUUAAAAGGUUUUCAGCAAAA